UGUAGCUGUAAAUAAUUCCCCAAAAUCAAUAGUUCAUUAAGUGUUCGACAUUGGAUGCUGACCACGUUGUUUAAGUGGACUUGUUUAGCUGAAGGCUUUCGGUCAUGCAUCCGCACCAGAUCACGUUUCGACUCGGCGUGGGACACAGCUCCUACGUUCAUUAGCCAGCUUAUAGUAAAGGUUCCUCGAUAUAUUGGUAACGUAUCAAAUAUAUCUUUCCUACCUCUCCUCGUCUGACUUCUGGUUUCUAUUCGACUAGGUGCUACUAGACAUAUGUGGUCUUUUAUACGUAUGACAGUUAUAAAAAAUAAUUAAAUCGGUAAAAUCUUCAAGGAUUACUCUUUUUUAUGUUGUUUUAAUUUGUCAUUUUGACAAAAUUUAUUACGAUCCAAUAAACGUGGGUAAAUGAUUCACAGUAUCUAAGAUAUAAGUUAAUGGGUUGAAAUACCCUUAACAAGAUGGAAAGUCACCACAAAGUUCCUUUGUUUUGGACAUGCUUCACAUUUACUACAUUUGGCUUCACAUGCGGUUUUGUCUCAAUGGUUAUGCCCUACUGGUAUGCCAGAUAUCCUCAGUCUCAAAAUCGCUUUGUAAGAUUGGGGCUAUGGGAGGUGUGUUUCGAAGGCUAUAUGGCAAAGAAACCGGGAAAUUACAUGUAUUUUGGAUGUUUCUAUCUAUUUGAUAAGAAGAUUUCAACUCUAUGGCCGACCAUAUUCAGAGAUUGGUUUAUUGCUUGCCAAGCGUUUUUUACAUGCAGUUUUGCAUCCCAUGUAUUGGCAGAAAGUGUUAUUCUGACUCAAGUUCUCGGUUUGGUUUCAAUUUUUGGGUCACGUGCAGUCCUGUGUAUAAUGGUUACCCUAUCAGUUAACUGUUUUUCAACUUUAGUUAGUUUGAUAACAAUGGGUGUAGGAAUAGAUACUGAACAGAAAAUUGAAAAGGCUGCGAAACAUUCUUGGUUGGAAGAUCUUGGUCAAAACUCAUUAUCUUGGUCAUAUGGUAUAGCUGCAAUAUCCCUAUUAUCAAGCUGCAUUACAGUUAUAAUUUUAGGAUGGUUUGUUUACCCUAAAAAAUCUCCAUGUGGGCUAUUAAUUAAUUCAGCAUGGAAUUGGCCAACAUUGAAUGAUUUGCAAUGUCGUUAUCACAUGCAUGAUAUGCAUGUUCCAAAAAUCUUUUCAUCUUCAAAUCCUCAGUCAUCAUGUCAUAAUAUCACUACUAUGUCAGUUGAUUAUCCGCAUUCAUUGCACUCUCGUACAUUGAUUCAAUCUAGGCAGAUUGCUGGUGACCAGUUGUCCAAUGAACUGAAUAAUAGAAUACUUUGUAAACCAACAUUAUUUCAGAAGUUGGGUACUCAACCAGAAACGUUAUCGAUGAUAACGACGCAAGACCAAAAUUCUAUAUUGUCUGAUAAUUGUGGCAAACUGAGUAGUUAUGAUCCACGUUCAGCGGAUACAGUAUCACUUUUAUCCUAUGAACAACCUCCAUUGAAUUUGUUAUAUAAUCCACAAACUAUAAACAUGAACCAGUUCAAUUCAAUAAUGUAUCCAAAAGAGAAUAAUUUCUCUAAAAAUGAUUAUUCUUCUUCUACUGAUCGAAAAACAAAAUUAAUUCAAUCUAAUUUAUUGUCUACACUUCAUAAAUUCUCUGCGCCAUUUUUGAAAGAAUCUACAACUGAACGACAACCACAAUGUAUUACAAAUUCUGAGUCUCAUUCUCAUUUAAAAUCGAUUCAUUCAAAUAAAUCGUCAAAUCUCCAACAACCUUCAUCUAGUAAUCUAGAUACUUCAAUAUGGACAGAAAAUUCCAUUAUUCAAGCUGCUCGUCCAAUGAAAAGAACUAAGCAAAAAAUAAAAACAGAUAAGUUUAUGAAGAAACUUAUCCCAUCUGAAAAUUUAUUCAAAUUUUCGUCAUCAUUUCCCAACACUGUUCAUAAAUUUUUCAGUAAAAAAAGAAAGUGAAAACUGAAAAUUACAAAUAAAAGGGAAUCAUUUGUCCCUCUCUCCGGGAAUAUUAAUGUUUUUCACCAUACAUUGAAUGUAUAUGUUUCUAUUGAAGAUACUAUUAUUAGCUUGGUUGUUUCUAUUCGCUAAUGAUGAUCUUUACUACUAUCAGUAUAAUCAUUGAUAAAUGAAUUUUGUCUAAUGUUCUGUUCAUAGAUUUGAAACAGUGAAUUAGUUUUGUAAUCCAAUUUUGGUUUCUUUCUUUCGUAAUAGCUUGUUUUCUUCCAUCUGUUUCAUUUAAAUUUGGAUUGAGUUAAAUAGCUUUACAGUUUUGUUUACAGAUUUUGUGUUAAUAUUAGUUUUACAAUGUGUAGGUACACUUUUUUUUACAUUUAGAAAGUAUCAAUAGAUAACUUUAGGAACAGUUUCGUAGCUAGUUGGUACUCAACAGAAGUUUUAUCACUCAGCUAUAUUCCCCAUGCUAUCUGAUCAACAUACUUAAUGACGUUUCAACAGAUUAUUCAUGGAAUUAAUUUGAUGCCAGAAGAACUUAUCAAUCAGUAAUAAUUAGAACUAACAGUUUGAUAAGCUUCAUUCCGGGUAUAUUGAUUAACAUCAACUGGCUUUAUAAGAUUCAUUUAUGUCCAGAAUGUUAACUACUGAUGGUGUAAAAAAAUCACUAAGACUUGAGAAUUAUGUAGACUAUAAAUUAAAUUUUAUCUUCAGUGUUAAAAUUUCUCCAGUUACAAAUUCAAACAAUUUUCUCUGUUGAUAGGGGUACCAGAUAUAUAUGCGCCACACAA